UUUUUUGUCCCGCUACAUGAUAUGUACAUACACACUUACCUAUAUAAAAAUAGACAGCUGUGUCAAUGCACAGAUUUACUUAAUUCUUUUCUUUUUUAAUGUAAAUGGGAUUGCAAUAUAUUCUGUGGGCUUGUUUUUUUUUUCCUCCACCUGUUUAAACAGUUUGAUUCUUAUGUUAGUAGGUAUGAGCCUAUCUUAUUCAAAAGAAAAAAAAGGCAGCAUAGUAUUCUGUUGUACGGACCAUAAUUUAAUCACUAUCUUAAGCUAGGGCUCUUUUCAGUUUAUUUGCUCUUACAAACAGGAUUGCUGUAGGCAUCCAUAUGUAUACACCUUUGCCAACGUGUAAAUCAUAGGAUAGAUAGACUCUUGGAAGAAAAACUACUGCGUCAAAGACUAUACAGACUUUACAUUUUGAAACAAACUGCUAAAUCUUAUUAGAAGCCUUCACAGUGGACAUUUCCAGCAGUGUAGAAAAGUCUGUUUUCUGCACAUCUUAGCCAAUACUUGGAAUCAAAUCUCUGUGAAAACAAACUUAUAUUUAUAAUUUAAGUAAUGCAUGCAGUUUGUGACAGUUCUCAUAUCAAGGUUUUUGAACUUUUUCCGUUAGUCUAAAGAAUUUUACAUGCACAAUAAUUCAAAAUCAAAUAUUCCACUAGGCUUAUUUUUUAAAGAAAAUCUCCCUGCCCCUACUCAUCUCUGGAUGUCCUUUUCCAGAGGCAACUACUUUUACCUCUUUGAAAUGAUUAUUUUUGUAUUUACCUUCUUUAUCUCUAAAUAAUAUGCUUCUGUUGUUACUUCUGGAUUUCAGUUUUAGACCUUAUUCCUAUUGUGGAAUUUACUACCUUUCCUGCCCCCAUCACAUGACCCUUCCCAUUCCUAUACUCUCCUAAGUUAGUAACAUCAUAAUUGUGUGUUUGCAUUAUUAUGAAUGUAAAAGUUAUUCACAAUUUGAGCUAUAUAGUAAAUUGUGGUUUUUUCACUGAACUGUUUGUAUAAUUUUCCUUGUAGUUAAUACUUUUCUUUUUUUGCUUUCUUUUCUCUGUGCUUACUGCUAGUGCUACCCCACAUUCCUUACUACUUAUCUAAAUGUUCAGGUUGUUUGGAUGCCUCACAUUGCCUUCUUCCUCUAGUGCAAAGCUGUUACUAUUCUGUGUUCCCCUUCAUCUUUCUGGGUUAGGUCUUCUGUUUACUGUAGCCCAUCUUGUCCUCUCUCUUGGUUCAUUUUCUUGUAUUUGAAGGGCUUGUCCUCCGGGAGCUUCUUGAAGAUAUCUAGGGGAAGUAAAUAAUGUUUUGAAACCUUGCGUCAUUAUUCUGCCCGCAACACUUUUAGGAUAAUUUGGUUGGGCACAGAAUUCUAGAAUGGUAAUUAAUCUUUGUGUGUGUGUGAAUUUUAAAAAGUAUUGCUCUGUUGCAUCUAGCUUUGGAUAUUACUGCUCAAAAGUCCAAAGCUCUUGCUUUCUAAUGUAUUCAUCUAACAAAUAUUUAUUGAGCCUGUACUGUGUGUCAGGCACUGUUUUAAGUGUUUGGGACAUAUUGAACCAGACAGAUUCCCAUUUUCCAGGUGGUGGGGGUGGGCUACAACAACAAACAUAAUAAAUAAGUAAAAUGUAUAGCCUGAUAAAAGGGAGUACAUUUUAUGGACAACAAUAGAGUAGAAGUCGAGGAGGGGAAGGGAAGAGGAGGAGAGGUAGAAUGGGCAAGGAUUAGGAGGAGGGGUCAGUGGGCAGAGUGCUGGUCACUGUUUUAAAUAGAGCAAACAGAGCAGGCCUCAUUGAGAAGGUAAUAUACAAGCAAAGAUUAGAAGGAAGUGAGAGUUAGUCACAUGGAUAUCCAGGAGAAAAGUACUUUAAGGCAGAGGCCCAAAGGAGCAACCUAGUCUUAUGGAACAAGGUGGCUAGUACAGUGAGUGAGGGAAAAAGAGGUGGGAGAUGAAGUCAAAGAGUAAUGGGGACACACGAUUAUAUUGUGUAGGGCCUUAUAGGCUGUUGUAGGAUUUAUCUAUUACCUGGAUAUGGGAAACUUUAAUGAGUUUUUUUUUAUUGUUGUGCUCAGAAUUGGUGGGUGGGGUGGGAGACAAGGAUGGGAGUAGGGAGACUGGUUAGAAAGAUAUUGCAAUAAUCCAGUUGAGAUACUGGUGGCUUAGACUAUAUAUGAUAGUAGUAGAGGUGGUGAGGACUGGUUGGAUUCUGGAUAUAUUUUUCAAGGAGGUACAGUAAGAUUUCCUGUUGGUUUUAGAUAUGUUAUGUGUAGAGCAGAAUCAAGGAAUGACUUGAAGGCUUGAAGGCUUUUGGAUUGAGUAUCUGGAAGGAUGGAGUUUCCAUCAAGUGAGGGGAAGGCUAUUGGUUGAGUAGUUUGGGAAAAGAUAAGGAGUUCAGUUUUGGCCACCUCCCUGUAGGAAUAUCUAGGAGGCAGUUGGGUCUACAUGUCUAGGGUUUAAGACAAAUCUGGAGGGUUUUUGUUUUUUAACCUGGGCUGGAUAUAAAAAUGUUCAUGGCAAUAUCAGUGGAAUUUUAAAAAUACAAGAGUGAAUGAGAUCACCAAAGUGAAGAAAGGUGGGCCACAGACAACUCCCAGUUUCGAGAGUUGGGGGAGAAGAGCAGGAGACAAUAAAGGAAGCUGAGGAGGAACUGGUGAAAUAGGAAAACCAAGAGUGUGUGGGGUCAGUGAACAGAGUUUACCAGGCAGGAGUCAGUGAUCCGAUCAACUCUGUCAGAUGUUGGUGAUAGCUCAAAAUUUACAAAUUAAAUACAAACAAAACUACAAAACCAAUAAAAUUCAAAUUACACUAACUUAGGAAAGUAUUGAAUAUUGCCUGCUAAAUUGAAGUCUUGAAACAACAUGAGUUAUGGAAUUGACUUAUGCUGUAGCUUCUUUUUGAGUUGAGCACACCAAAAUUAUCCCAUAUGUUGUGGUCACCACAUGAUGCAUUUUCUUACCAGUGCAUAAGUGCUUCAGUGAAAACCACGAUGUCAUUUGGGCUUCACUUCACACAAAUGCAUCAUUUAUAUAUUAGGUCCCCCUCUGUUUUUCUCUUUAGCCUCCCAUAAUUAGAGCACUGUAGUACCAACUUGGAGCCAGUGUGACCAUAAAUGUAAAUAGGAACAUUUAGUUAUAUGGUUAACAGGUGGAUUCAGAUGAUUCAGAAUGUAGUAAUGCUGUUUCUUAGAUUAUUAAACACAGGAAAAUAGAACAAAAAUUUUACUAGAGAAAUGUGGCACCCGCCAUGAGACUAGAAUCUUAGUUUGAGGAAAAUUAGAGUCUUAAGUUAGUUCAUGUGUUAUAUCCUUAUUCAGAAUAACAAAUGAUUUGGUUAGAGUUUCAGAUGUGAGGCUUAUGAGGACACAAAUUAUAACUGUUUCAGGGGGAUAUAAUUUAGUUUGAGUAAGGCUCCAUGAAUUUUUUAAUACGGCGUUUUCCUCUGUAAGUUCCAUUAUUUUUCUGCAGUAGUAAAGAGCCAUCAGUCAUAUAAUGUAUUGAUAUUAAAAUUCUCUUGUGUGUGACUUUUUACCUCCUUUCUUUAAUUUCUUCGUCUCAAGCAAUGUGUUUUUCCCUGUUCAGCUUAGUAUCACCAGCUCUUCAUAGGUUACUACCAAUUUUGAUAUGCUUUAAAAUUUUUGUUCUCUGUAUGUAUGUGCUCUACCAUUACUUGUCAGGGAGAAUGGGAAGAUCAAUAAGGAUCUACUUAAAUGUGUGACAGUUUUACAUCCUGAGAGGAUAUAAAACAUAAUCAGAGUAGUGUGAACAGUUGUAUUCAAAUUUGGACACAUAACUAAGUGAAGAAUAUUUGGCUGCUUUUAUCUAGACACUGUGAGUCUUGGUUAUAUUGCAGUAGUGAUUGUGUUGUAAUCAUGACGGACAUGGUUUCAGUAAUUCAAGUGAAUUCCCCAAAAUUCUAUUUAGUGAUAUGUGAUAUGACAUAAAAAGGUUGAGUCUGUUUGACUCUCUUCUGCGUCUUCUACCCCCCCCCCCCUUUUUUUUUGUGGUGCACCAUGUGGCAUGUGGGAUGGUAGUUCCCUGACCAGGCAAUGGAACCCACACGCCCUGCAGUGGAAAGGCAGAGUCUUAACCACUGGACUGCCAGGGAAGUCCCCUACUUCUUUUGUUUCUCUCCUCUUACCUUUCUUUUUGAUUCUUUGCUUUUAUUUAAUGUCUGAUGGUUUAGUGGCUGUUAGAUUAUACCGCCUUGAUACAAAGAAUUUCAAAAAAGCAAUUAUUUGCUAUGAAUACGAGUUUAAUUUAAAGAAUUUCAGGAAAUUUUUUUUUUGGUCAGAUUUUAUAAACAUUGAAGAUUAGUUGGAUGUUAAGUUCUGUGCCACAGUGAGAAAAUUAUACACACCUUUUUUAGUGUUAUUUGAAAGAAAAUAAGAUUCAGGGACAAAACAAACAGUCCCGGCUCUGUUCUUAUUACAUCUUAAUUUUUCUGACCUUCAGUUUCCUCAUCUGCAAAAUGGAUAUACAGCCUUCUUUAUGAGUCUUAAAUAAAGACUGUGUAUGAAGCUAUCAACAUGUUGCCUUACAGGUUGGUAGAUGCUCAGUUUGAAGCUUUGCUCAUAGCAAACUCUGUUAUCUUUAUCAUGUUUCAGACACAAUUCCGAGUUGAGGUUAUGAAAAUGAACGCAGUAGGUUGAAACAACAGUUUUCAGUAAAAUUUCAUAUAAUCUGGGUCUUUUUAAUUUAGUGAUUCAUUGCAGGGUUCUUAAUAUGGCUCUGUAAACAUCACUGAAUGUGUUGUUAAUAAUAAACCAAAUGUUCUCAUAUAGUUGAUCUCAGUUAAUGUCCCGAAGUCUUGUUCUUAGUUUUAUUGUUUCACAAAUGAGAAACUUGAGACCCAGGAUAUUGCAGUUUUGCCCAAUAUCAAAAUAAUUAAUGUAAGUGUAUGCAUAGGUAUAUUCUUAAGCUAGGUUACCAGUGGUGCAUUACUAAAAAAUGAAACUACUACCUAGGAAUGAAUGAGUUUAUGGAAGUGUGAUGUCACAAACAAAUGUUUUGAAAACUUUGAGAAUUGUUAUGGAAAUUCAUCAAUUUUUUAGACUGUGUUUAUGGUGAUAAAAUGAUUUACUUCACCACAUAAUGUUAUCAUUAUUUUUUAAAAGACUUUUAUUUUUUAGAGCAGUUUUAGAUUCACAGUAAAUUGAACAGAAGAUCCAGAGACUUCCCGUAUUCACCUUACUCCAUCAUUAUCACCCAGAGUCCAUGGUUUACAUUAAUAGUUCACUCUUAGUGCUGUAUGUCAUGAGUUUUGACAAAUGUAUAAUGAUAUGUACCCACAACUAUAGUAUACAGGAUAGUUUCACCACCCUAAAAAGUCUUUGUGAUCCACCGAUUCAUCCCCUUUUUGCCCAGUCUCUGACAAAUACUGAUCUUUUUACUGCCUCCAUAGCUUUGCCUUUUCCAGCAUGUCAUAUAAUUGGAAUCAUAUAAUAUGAAGCCUUUUCAGACUGGCUUCUUUCACUUAGCAGUGUGUAUUUAAGGAUAUACUUUAUAUAAAGAUAUAAAGAUUCCUUCAUAUCUUUUUGUGGCUUUAUAGCUCAUUUUUUAAAAUUUCUGUAUUAUAUUCCAUUGUCUGACUGUACCACAGUUUAUCUGUUCACUAUAGGAAGAUAUCUUCGUUGCUGCCAUGUCUUGGAAAUUUUGAAUAAAGAUGCUAUAAACAUCUGUGUGCAUGUUUUCGUGUGGACAUAAGUUUUCAGCUCCUUUGGGUAAAUCUGAGGAGCAUGAUUGCUUGAUCUUAUGGUAAGAAUAUGUUUAGUUUUGAGUAAAAUGCCCAGCUGCCUUCCAGGUGGCUGUACCAUUUUGCAUUCCCACCAGCAAUGAAUGAGAGUUCCUGUUGCUCCACUUGCCCUCCAGCAUUUGGUGUUGUCAGUGUUCUGGAUUUUGCCAUUCUAAAAGAUGUGUGUGGUAUCUUAUUUUUGUUUUAAUUUGCAUUUCCCUGAAAAGAUGUGGUGCAUCUUUUCCUAUGCUCCAUUGCUAUCUUAUCUGAUGAGGUGCGGUGUCUGUAAGGUCUUUCGUCCAUUUUUUAAUUGGCAUGUUCUCUUGUUGAGUUUUAAGAGUUCUGUGCUAUAUUUUGGAUAACAGUCCUUUAUCAGAUGUAUCUUUUGCAAACAUUUUCUCCCAAUCUGUAGUUUGUCUUUGCAUUCUCCUGACUGUGUCUUUUGCAGAACAGAUAUUUUUACUUUUAAUCAGGUCCAGUUUAUCAAUUGAUUAUUUCUUCAUUGUGUAGCCUUUUGUUCCUUUGUCAACGAUAAGCAUAGUGUUGUUGUAAAAUAGUGUUAUUUAAAGUGAAUUUUAAACCUUAGUUGUGAAUUCACUCUCUUUAACGUGUUAUAUCAAGCAACAGAUAUAUUAUACCUUAGGGGUCAUGAGGGAUGAGUGAGCUCUGGUCGGUAUACAUGCUAUUUCUUUUAUUUGGAAUUCUCAUACUGUUGUACUUGGUUUAUUCAUUCCUUCCAGAGAUAUUUGAGUACCUGGUCUGGGCUGGGUACUGUCCUAGGUGCUGGAGAUAGAAGCAUGAGUAAAAUAAACAAGGUCUAUUCUGAUGAAGUUUGUGUUGUAGUGCAGAGCUCCUGAACCAAGAGUUAAUGGUUCAGAGAUCCUGGAAGUUCUUAAGACCCUCUGAGGGUCAAAACUUUUUUUUCACAAUAAUGGGACAUAAGAGUAAAGUGAAGUUCCAAGAGGCUACAUGACAUGUGGUAUCUUCACAGAUUAAUUGCAGAAGCAGAUAUUAAAUAUAUCCAACUGUAUUUUUUUUUAUUGCAUCAGAUAUUAAAAAGAUUUGCAAAAAAUGUAAAACAUAGACACUCUUCUCCCUAUUAUGGAAGAUAGUUAUUUUUCAUAAACAUUUAACAUGUAAUAGAUUUUUAUGUGUUACAUAAAAAAUGUGAUGGUAAUUUUAACAUAAAUAUUUUAGAAGUUCUUGGCUUGAAUUUCUAAUAUUGUAAAUAGUAUAUAUAAACCACAUUGACAAAAUGCUCUUUUGGGGGUCCAAAGUAAUUUUUUAAAACUUUAAAGCAGUAAAGACAAAUUUUUUCUUAAAUGGCCAAACAGGUUUAAAGGGCUUUAGGAGUCAUAGGGUCAGCUUUUCAACUCCACCCUUGAAAGCAGUCAUAGAUACUGUGUAAAUGAAUGACUUAACUGUGUUCCAGUAAAACUACUUAACGAAAACAGGCAAGUGACCUGCAGCUGUAGUUUGCCAAUUAUUAGUGUAAAGGGUUCCUGAUACCAAAAAAGUUAAGUUUGAGAAUUGUCAGCAGUGAAAAGCUGGUAUUGGAGAGGGAGAAGGGCAGAAGAUAGACAAUAAUAAGUAGUUAUUUAGCAAGAGAAUUUCAUAUGGCAGGAGAUAUAAUAUGAAGACAGUAAGAAGGGUGAUCUGGCCUUUAGAAGAAGUGAUCAGGAAAGGCCCCUCUAAGGAGCUGGCUUAAGUUAACUCUUAUUUGUUCAGGGCUUAAAACCAGGUUUUAUCUCCCAUCUUUUUUUUUUUAAUCUCACCUGGCUACAUUGGGGAUCCCUCUUGUAUUGGGAGGGAAAGCAAAAGACAGUUAAAUCUUAUUAAACUUAAAUUCAGAAAAGGUUAAUUUUUCAAGUUGAACUAGAAAAUAUCCAAAGCAUAUGUGCUUUAAAAGGAUCUAGAAAAUUAUAAAAUAUUGUCCAGAUUAGAACAUUGACCUACUUUGUAUGACAUUUAGCAAGUUACUUCUCUGUAUCGUUUUUUUCUUCUGAAAAUGAGAGAGUUGGUUAAGAUCUUUUCUAAGUCUAAAAUUUUUCCUAAUGUCUGUUUGCCUAGGAUGCCAUUUGCUACCCCUAAGUCUUCCUUGAUCAGAUAGCUCCAACUUAUUUUUUUUUUAACUAGUUCUAUGAUCUGAAAUAUUUAUUUUGAAAUCUCUUUUCUCAUCUAUAACGCGGAGGAUAAAUACUUAACCUGUAAGCUCAUUGAGGACAAUACCUGGUACAUAUAUUAAUAUUUGGGGCAGCUGUUUUAGUGAGAAUGGAGGAAAGACCCUCCUUUGCCUCAGUAUUUAGCUUGCUGACCCAGGAACAUGAAAAUUAAAUGUGAAAACUUAGAGGGGUUAAGGAAGUACAAGAGCAAAGCAAUCUGAAUUUGUGUGGCCAUUCCAACUUAAGGGAAAGGGAAGGGAAGCAGCUCUUCCUGCCAUCAAACUCUCUGUUCCCUUGUUGGAUAUUGAGGGUCUCUACAUAAUUAAAUGCUUUAGCACAUCAAGAGAUAGGUAACUUUAGCAAAACCAGAUUUAUGAAUUUAGAACUUGAUGAGUUCUCUUGGAAUGCAGUGGAAAACAAAAAUCGGAAUUAUGAGAAAAUACACUUAGGUGACUCUCCAGGAGAGUCAAUAUCAGAAUUAUGUGAAGAAAAGAACUGAGUAAUGGUAAGAGUCAAAGGCCAAUUAGAAGAAAGGUCCAGACUUGAGUCUUGGGAUUGAAAAUACUCACUUGGUAUUUGGCAAGUGCUGAUGGCAAUAUAUCUAGAUGUUUUGGUGAAAAUUUGAAAAUUUCUUCCAAAGAUAAAGUCUAGAAGCCACCUGUCAGGGUAGAAGGUUACGGGGAAAGGAAUGAGAAUAAAAAUGACAUUAGGUUUUUCAUCUGCAUAGUUACAUGUCAGAAGACAGCAGAAUUUAUGUAGUUCUUAGGGGUAGAGGGUGUGAUUAGAAUUCUAAGCUUGUGCAGUUUAUGCAAGAGCUUGAGAUUAAGAUAGUUUUAAUCACUUACAUGCCCUUUCUGAAAACUUUCUUGGGGUACUGUGGCCAUACCAAAAAAUGAGUCGUAAUUAAGGAUUCAAGGGAAAGAAAAAGAUGGGUAUUUGUCUUAUGGUAUAGUUGUGAGAAAUGAAUUCAGAAUGGUUGUAGUUAGGUUCAAAAGAUUAUUUUGGCAAAGUUUUGAAGUUUAGUACAAUCUUUAUCCUUGUAGGUGGGAAAGGGAAAGCUUCACUACUAGCUUGUUAAAUGACCUGCCUUGUUUUGGGAAAUGUUAAUAUUUUCAUUCUUGAUGUUAAUGUAGAUUCAGUGUGGAAUAAAAAUAAUAAGGAUAAUAGCUAGUAAAAUUAGGAUAUAGAAUCAUGCUGUCCAUAUCCAGUAGGACUUUCUGCAGUGACAGGAUAUGGUGAUACUGUUUAACAUUCCCACCAGCAGAGUAUGAGAGUUCCAUCUCUUACACAUCUCACAGGCAUCUCACUUCUGUGAGGGUGAGUCACAAAGUAUCUGCACUCUCGCUGUAGAAUUUAUUUUAAUCAACUUUUAGAAAAGACAGUACAUCAUUUUUUGACAUAAUCCCCUUGCUUUUCAAUACACUUUGCCCAUCUGUCAAGAAGCUUUUGGAUUCCAUCAUUAAAAAUGUUUUAGGCUGAGCUGCACGUCACGAAUGCACCGCUGUCUUCACUUCUUCAUCAGAAGUGAAUCUUGGUCCUCAUAGGGCUGCUUUUUCAGGGGACCAGACAAAUGAAAGUCCGAUGGAGCAAGAUCAGGACUAUAGGGAGGAUGCUUUAACACCUCAAAACAAAGUAAUCCACGACAGACAUAGGUUGCCAAAAGUUUGUGUGAGAUGGGUACGGAAACAGCUCACGGAAGAGCAUAAACAGAAGCGUUUAGAUAUCUGCAAACAAAACUUGGACCAAUAUCCUAAGGAAGGUGAAAGUUUCUUAAAGAGAAUCAUUGCUGGUGACGAGACAUGGAUUCAUCACUACAAGCCUGAGAGUAAAUGGCAGAGUAUGGAAUGGAAACAUCCUCAAUCGCUGACCAUGGGAAAGUUCAAAAGAUGCUUAUACUUUUCUGGGAUUCUCAAGGGCCAGUAUUUGGAACAUUAUCAGGACAAAGGUUCAGCAAUCAACAGUGCUCAUUACAGUGAGAUGCUUAUUGAAGAGCUGAAGCCUAAACUUCGGAUUAAAUGCAGAGGACUGCUAUCUAAGGGUGUUGUGAUCUUGCAUGACAAUGCACACCUGCACACUUUAGCCCACACUGUCAACACUGCAAAAACUUCCGUUUUGAGGUGUUAAAGCAUCACCUGUAGUCCUCAUCUUGCUCCACUGGACUUUCACCUGGUUGGUCCCCUGAAAGCAUCCCUACAAGGAUGAAGAUUCGUGGCUCACAGCUCAGCGUAAAACAUGUUUUAUUGAGGGAAUACAAAAGCUUGGUAACAUACGGACAGAGUGUAUUGAAAGGCAAGGAAAUUAUGUUGAAAAAUGAUGUAUUUGUCUUUUCUAAAAGUAAGUUAAAAUAAAUUCCACAGCCAGGGUGCAGAUAAUUUUUGACUCGCCCUUGCACUUUGCAUUUCAUCUAUUGUUACAGCAUUUCCGUUUGGUAUCUAGCAUAGUGCCUAAUGGAUUCUGCUUAAGUACAUGUUGUUUUUUUACCAGGUAUAGAAACCUCAAAAUACAGUGAUUUAGGCAGUAAAAAAAAAAUUGUACUUUGCUUUACACAUUUAGGUUAUGGUUUGUAUUUUCCUCUCCAUUUACUGUCACUACCUUUGUUCAGACUUUGGUUUUACAGGUCUUCUAUCAGGUCUUUUGUCCUGGGCUUUCCCCACUUCAGGUCCUCACUCUUACUGGACACAUAACUAUAACUUUGAUUCUGUGGCUACAGUGUUUUCUGAAUUAUCUUCAGGAAAAUAGAGCUUUUAGGAAAAUACUAUGUACCAUUUUUUAAAAUUCCCAUUACUUUGUUACAAUUCUAGAAACUAAAAAUAGAUUGCUUAAUUUUUUUUUUUUCUUGGCAUUACUGUUUUAUCACAAAGUUUGCUUUUUUAACUUGGCAUUUUAAGCUGUUGAAUUUUUAAGGAGACUUGCCUUUUAAUUUUGUGUGUGGUGGAGAACCAUUAGGAUGUGCACCUCUUUGAGGGAGGGGUCAUUAUUUGUAGGCCACAGAAACAUUACUUGUAAACUGCAAGAAGAUGCAAAGCACAACAUUGUUGUGUAUUCAUUAGAGUAGCCAGGCAUAAGGUUAUGCUUAAUCAGAGAAAUUCUUCAUCAGUCAUUUAUAAUUUAUAACAGGAAACAAACGUUCCCACAUGAAAUUGAGAAUAAAAGUUUAAAUCCAUUUACUUCUAUCGUAAGUUUGUUAAUGUGGCAAAGCAGUGGUUAAAUGCUCUGAAAUUACUAAGACAGAAUUAAAGGUGGAUACUAAAAUGUUUUUUAUUUAAAUUGAAAGCUGUUUAAACUUUAUACCAAACAGGGCCUGAGAUGUAGGCUUUAUUUUAGAAAGGGUAGGUAAUAGCACACUCUCGGUAAAUUUUGGAUUUUUGCUAACUUUGGAUUCUGUGGGCUUGUCUUAGUGUAAUGUAGUUUUUGUGAAACUUUCCCUCGUAAAACCAGUUUACAUAAAUGUUUUUCCUAGUCGAGAAAUUCUACUAUAUUGUGCUAAAAAUUAGUUAAAUGGCAAUUGAUCUUUGGAGACGUACGAUAUAACCUUACAAGCUAAAGGCAUUUUUUAAAGUAUAUAUCUGGAAACCACAAGUUCUUGUCAGGCAAGACAAGUUAACUUUUGGAAUUGUGUGAGUACUUACAUAUUUUGGAAUAUGUACCACCUAUGAUAUAUAUAACUUACCCAUCUCCCUUAAUCCAGACAAAAGCCAUGCAAGGCUGGAAAUACUGUCCCUGUUUUACAGCUGAGCAAGUGGUGAAGACUGGGUUUGAAUCCAAGUGUAGAUGACUCCAGAACAACACUUCCAUUUUUACUGUCCUAACUCACUUAUUGUGAGGUUUGUCCAUGGAUUAAUGGUUUUCAGAUGCUGGUGUAAGGUUCUGUACAGGUCCUUGGGAAGUUUGGGGAAAAGGUUUUUUUUGGCUUGAAAUCUGUCAUGCCUUGUACUUGUUUUACACAUUUGGACUGUCUUAAUUCUGUUUGGAAAUAGUUUUUCUGCCUAAAACAUUUGAAGUGUCCCACGGUAGAAACCGGAGACCAUCUAUUGAAUAGAAUGAAUAUGUAUGAGGAAAUUAAAACCUAGGUAAUAGUAAUUUAUAUUUGUUAGUGGACAGGCUGUAUUUUCAAUUAUAUUUCUGUUCCUAAUGAUGUUUUGUGUAGCCUAAUAUCCAAAUGAGGUUGAAGUGAUUGAACACACUAUUAAUAGGGUAGGUAAGUGAUUAGAGUUAAAAUUUUAUGCAGAAAAUGGGCAAUCUACAAUUUAGAGCAUAGGGUUCACUCCCCACUACCAGCUCUUCCUGCCUUUAAAGGCUGCCCUAAGCAUGAUGUAAUGACAGGUUAAACCUCUGAAUGCCUGAGCUGACGCAAUGCAAAUCUGAGGCCCUGGACUUUAUUGGGGCAAGGGUAAUGCUUGUUUAAAAACAAAACAAGCUACUCUGUUUAAUGAGGCCGUUUAAGAUGGCUUUCCUAGAGUGGGAAGAGAAUAACGUCUCAUUUUGGAGGCUGAAGCAGGACUUUAAUAUGGUUAUGUGUGUUUACUACUCUCACUGCAGAGUCUUCUCGGGAGUUUAAAAUAAAGUGCGGUAAAAAUGGAGAAGUGGGUUACAGUUGAGGAAAUAAGGUAGACACCCGGUCAAUAGUUAUUGAACGAGGUAGGGAGAAUGUUUUUACUCUAUAAAAAUCUAGCAUUCUCACGGUUAACCGGGAGAGUGUAGUUCAGAGAAGAGUGCUUGUCUGGCCAGUUAUUUCCCACGUAUUCUGUGUAGGUCUGGGGUUGAAACCAUCUGAAAUUGCCGAUAUCCGACUGUUGGGGCCUACAGAAACGUAGCGUUUCGACCUACUUGUAAGCUGGUGGAAAUGCUGAGGCGUGCGCAGUGUCGCCGGAUUCGCGGGGAUCCCGGGGUUUAGCCAGGCUGGGUGGCUGGGUUAGAGUUGCAGGCUGCUGCGUGCCUUAGUGCUGCCCGGGAGCCGCCCUAGUCUGAGCGAGGCUGAGCCUUAAGCUCCGCCCCCGUGCGCCGCCCCGCCCCGCCCCUCGCCAGCCGCGGCAGCCGCCGCCCUGAGCACAGCCAUCCUCCAGCUGCCGGCUGGCACUCUGCGUUGGAGCAGGGUCUCCCAGCUGCGGGCCGGACCCUGCGGUAGUAACUCGACCUGGCACCGAGAGGGCACCUCCUCGUCCAGUCGCCUCCAUGCACUCUCCAGCCCUUCACCGAGCUGGCUGGAGCCUAGCCGAUGGAUUUGGGGAAGACGGACUUCCAAGACAUACGAAGGUUUAGGGCCCAGCAGAGGACAGCUCAGCGGUGGCUCGCAUUUUUGGAGACGCAGGCGGAUUUGAGCUCAUGGGGAGGUGUGGUCGACUCCUCUUGGGACAGGAGGGGGCUUCAGUUCUCUGCCUCCUUAACCAGUGCUUCUGAGGAGUAAAUGGAGUGUAUGGAGCAGGGCACAUGCCUUCCCUUUUUGAAAACUUGACCCCGGACAUGUUUAGGAACAGAAGGUGUCCAGGACGGCCCUCUGUUGCAAGUUGUCUUUGCUUCUGAGGGAAAGGCUAUGAGCUGUCUGGCUUCUCAUGACCGAGAGGUCUCCCUUGCCUUUUUUGUACUCCUGGAGGGGCGUCUUGCUCACUUGUUUGCCAGCAUCUGGGACAAGGAAGAGAAAAGAAAUGAGCCGUCAGACUGCAACAGCAUUACCUACUGGAACCUCCAAGUGUACACCGUCCCAGAGGGUGCCUGCCCUGACUGGCACCACUGCGUCCAACAAUGACUUGGCGAGUCUUUUCGAGUGUCCGGUCUGCUUUGACUAUGUGUUACCACCCAUUCUUCAGUGUCAGAGUGGCCAUCUUGUUUGUAGCAACUGUCGCCCAAAGCUCACAUGUUGUCCAACUUGCCGGGGCCCGCUGGGAUCCAUUCGCAACUUGGCUAUGGAGAAAGUGGCCAAUUCAGUACUUUUUCCUUGUAAAUAUGCCUCUUCUGGAUGUGAAAUAACUCUGCCACACACAGAAAAAGCAGACCAUGAAGAGCUCUGUGAGUUUAGGCCUUAUUCCUGUCCGUGCCCUGGUGCUUCCUGUAAAUGGCAAGGCUCUUUGGAUGCUGUAAUGCCACAUCUGAUGCAUCAGCAUAAGUCCAUUACAACCCUACAGGGAGAGGAUAUAGUUUUCCUUGCUACAGACAUUAACCUUCCUGGUGCUGUUGACUGGGUGAUGAUGCAGUCCUGUUUUGGCUUUCACUUCAUGUUAGUCUUGGAGAAACAGGAAAAAUAUGAUGGUCACCAGCAAUUCUUUGCAAUUGUACAGCUGAUAGGAACACGCAAGCAAGCUGAAAAUUUUGCUUAUCGACUUGAGCUAAAUGGUCAUAGGCGGCGAUUGACUUGGGAAGCCACUCCUCGAUCUAUUCAUGAGGGAAUUGCAACAGCCAUCAUGAAUAGUGACUGCCUAGUCUUUGACACCAGCAUUGCACAGCUUUUUGCAGAAAAUGGAAAUUUAGGCAUCAAUGUAACUAUUUCCAUGUGUUGAAAUGGCAAUCAAACAUUUUCUGGCCAGUGUUUAAAACUGUUGCAUUCAAUUUCACAGAGAAUAAGGCACCUGUCUGCCUACCAACCAGAAACUUUUGGUAGGUGGAAGGCUAGACACAUGAAGGUAAAUAAAAGGAAAGGCUGUUAAAUACAGGAAACAGUUGCAUGUAGUAACACUAAUAUAUUUAAAAAUAAGUCAACAGUAAACCACUGAAAAAAUAUAUAUAUAUAUAUACACCCAAGAUGGGCAUCUUUUGUAUUAAGAAAGGAAGCAUUGUAAAAUAAUUCUGAAUUUGUGUUUGUUGUAGAUUGAGUGUACUGUUGAAAAAUACUGGGUUCGUUUUGUUUUUUUUGUGUGUGUGCGUGUGUGCAUGUGAGCGUGUGUUUGUGUGUGUGUGUGUGUGUUUGGUUUUUUCUUUUUCUUUAACUGACAAGCCAUGUUGAGUGGUCUUAGACCACUGCUUUCCCCCUAUGUGAGUCAAUACAUAGUGCUGCUGUGUGUGUAUAUUUUUUUUGUGUGUGUAUUUGCUAAUUUUUAUUAAUUCUAGUUUUUCAUUAAAUAAAUUUGACUUUCUUUUCUGUAAUUCAGGUCUUUCCUCACUUUUUUUUGUACCUUUUAAAAGUUAGUGUCUUUGAUAUGCAUAAUUGUUAUGGUAAAAUUUAUACAUGUGUUUGAUACAUUUUUUUCCCCCAUUAAUCAGUUCAUUAGAAAUAUUUUAAAUUCAACUAUUUUGUGAAGAGAUGAGUUUCAAAGAAGGUAACAUCAGAAGAAUUAUCAGAAGCUAUUUAAAGCAGCUAUAAGAUGGGCUCUCUCUCUCUCUUCUCCAGUUGAGUCAUAUCUUCAGACUUAUUCUUUGUAAGGUUAGGGAGUACUGAAUUUUUUUUUUUAAUACUGGAAAAAAAAAUCAGGCUCCUCCCCACCCCCCACCCCCCAAAUAUCUUGGACAAAUCACAUGUUUAAAAUUUGUUCUUGUAUUUAUUGGUUUUGCAAAAGAAGGCAUCGUCUUACACAGUAUUUGUAAUUAAAAGCAAAUCAUUUGUUUAAAAAAAAAA